AUGGCAAGUAAGACAGAUAACAUACCAAUAGCAGAACCAUUAUCAUCAUUGCAUAUAUCUGACGACAAAGAGAACAAACAAAUACUCAAUUCCGCAAAUGGUGGAGGUGGUGAAGCAACAGAAAAAGUAAAGAAUCAAUCAGAAAAAAUGGUUGUUACACAAGAAGACGAUUGCAGUUAUGAUGACAAUGAAAUUGAAAGUUUUGUUGAUGAUGAUGAUGAUGACGAGGAAGAUAACCAGGAUGAACAUCAAAGACAUCAACUAGAAGUUAGAUACAAUGAAUUGUCAACAAUAAAAAAAUGUCUAUUAGCAUUGAAGAAUGUUGAUGGAUAUAGAGAAUUGUUCCCAUUCCAAUACAAGUUGAACCAAUUUGUAGCUGAAGAUAAAAUCCAAUCCAAUCCAAAAACUAAAGUAUUACUUAAUGAAUGUGUUGACAUAAUGCAUGAAAUUGUAAAGACACUAGAAGAAAAAGGUGUCAAGAAUACUGAUCAAAUCGAUGGAGGCGGGUUUACUAAUGUCGAUGAUGAGGUUGAAAUCAAAAGAAAUAGAUAUCAUGAAUUUCAAGAAGCUGAUUAUGAUUUAGAUAGUGAAGCUUAUGGCUCUGAAUCUGAACCAGAAGGUAAUGAUUAUUAUUAA